GUGUUCUAACAUUCUUGAUAGUCACUCCUGAGAGGCGGUUUAGCAAAGCGGGACUGUUUCCUAUCUUUGCUACUCAGAGCAAUGACUUUGCCCUGGGAUAUCCCAUAGGUAAGAAACAAGUUUGAAGCUUUAUAUCAAACUACUUAUCCAGAGUAUCUCCAGUAUAUUUACUUGGUUGCACCAAUAUCUCUCAUGAUGCUAAAUCCUUUAGGAUUUAUUUUUUGUGAAAUCCAGAAAUCAAGAGACAAUCAGAGUCUUUCUCACAGCAAAAUCAAGAUUGUGGGAUUUGGACUUCUUAGGGUGUUACAAAACCCUAUUGUAUUUAUGGUCUUCAUAGGAAUUAUCUCAAAUUUCAUUCUCAACCAAAAGAUUCCUGAUUAUUUGGAAAACUUCCUUGAUGGGCUUGCCAGUUCUUUUUCUGGUUCAGCACUUUUUUAUUUGGGCCUCACCAUGGUGGGCCAAAUCAAGAAACUGACAAGGGGUACAUUUGUUGCACUGAUUCUUCUCAUCACAGCUAAGCUACUGUUGAUGCCACUUCUAUGCAGGGAAAUGGUGGAAUUAUUGGACAAAAGCAGCAGCUUGGUCAACCAUACCAGCUUAUCAAACUAUGCAUUUCUCUAUGGAGUCUUUCCAGCAGCUCCUGGCGUAGCUAUAUUUGCAACACAAUUCAACAUGGAAGUAGAAGUUAUAACUUCUGGAAUGGUGAUCAGCACUUUUGUUUCUGCUCCCAUCAUGUAUGUUUCUGCCUGGCUAUUAACUAUUCCUUCUAUGGAUCGAAACAGACUGGCAUCAGCAAUCCAAAACGUUAGCUUUGAUAUUAGCAUUGUCAGUCUUGUCUCUUUGAUCUGGUCACUUGGUAUUAUGAUCUUGAGUAAAAAGUACAAACAAGUUCCUCAUGUGCUUACAACUAACUUACUAAUUGCUCAGUUUGUAGCCUGUAUUGGAAUGAUAAUCUGGAAUUUCACAAUUGAGAAGAGAAACAUGGUUCUCCAGAUUCUUGUCUUCAUCUUCCUGUACAGUUCACUUUACAGUGCUUUUUUGUGGACAGGUCUUUUAUCUCUGUCUUUGCUGCUUUUGAAAAGAAGAGAAGCCAUAAAGAUCCCUGUUGGAUUUAUCAUUAUAGCUGGCUGGGGCAUCCCAGCAAUUCUUGUUGGAAUCCUGCUAAUAGCUGGUAACCACACUGAUGAUAUUGACUCAGCAUUUUUUUAUGGAAAUUACCAGAUUAUUAUCACAGCAGUUGUUGCAUCCAUCAGCAUACUGAUAUCUGGGAUAUCACUCAUGUGUAUGAACAGAUCAGGAGUGGAGGCCAACUAUGUGGCUUUGAACCAGCAAUCCCAAAACAGACCAACAGAGGAACCUGAAAGGGAAAUUAGUGAACAAAGUAGAUCUUCCACUAGUGGUUCUCAUUCUGUACUAGACUCUUCCAUAGAAAGAGAAUCCUGUGCAUAUUCAAAAGAGAAUGAAGGCUUAUGCUGUUCUGAAGGAGAAGCAGUAUGUAGUACUAACGUUAAUCAUAACUGCUCCGUAUCAAUUGAGACAGCAAAUCAGUGUUUGAGUCCGUGUAGUUCUCAGAGGUGUGUAUUGGCUCAGGAAGAACAGCUUCUACAAACUGGAGACCAACAGCUGACUAGACAUGUGUUGCUAUGCCUGCUUCUCAUUGUGGGUCUUUUUGCUAAUCUAGCCAGCUGUUUGUGGUGGUUGUUUAAUCAAGAACCUGGAAGACUCUAUGUCGAAUUGCAGUUCUUUUGUGCUGUGUUUAAUUUUGGUCAGGGAUUCAUUUCGUUUGGAAUUUUUGGCCUCGAUAAACAUUUAAUUAUUCUUCCAUUCAAGAGAAGGUUUGAAUUUUUUUGGGGAAGCAGAACAGUGGAACGCAGGGAAUCAUCUGUACCUGAGGAAGUCCGGAUGACAUGUCAUCAGUUUGUUAAUUACCACAAGGAUAUGUGUGUAAGGAGCAUUGUCCAAGACAGAAGGUGUGGCACAAAGACGGUGACUGGGAUCUUCUUUGGCUGUGACCUGGUGGAUUGGCUCAUUGAAGUGGGGCUUGCCUCAGACCGUGGGGAGGCUGUGGCAUACGGAGAAAGACUCGUGCAAGGAGGCAUCGUCCAGCAUAUCACGAAUGAAUUUGAGUUUCGAGAUGAGCAGCUGCACUAUUGUUUUCUAUCUAGGAGAUCUCCAACAAAUGAGAGCCAUCACAAUGAGGAAGCGCUUAGAAGCUAGCCAAAGAGAGUAUGUUCAGGCUCUUCACUGACACGUGAAGGCGUAUUUUAAAAUGAUGUCUUCACAGUUACAGUGUGGUUCUGUCUGUUUCCCACCCAAAGAAAAUUAUGAUGUCUCGUGUUUUGAAUGUUGACUAGUCACUUCAGUCACUUCAGGGAAUUAUUUUAAAUCAUGGCAAAUACAAAGGUACAAAAUACUCAGCUUUGUUUUUGAAAAGAACAAUUGUUUCAAAAUACAGUUUCUUUGCCUGUGACUACAUCAGAUCUUGUAGAAUCUGUUGUACCUUCCCUUCAGUUUAAUUAUGAUUUUGUAUGAUGUUCUUGCAUUAGUUAAAAGGAAGGCUAUUAAAAUGUUUUGGUGCAGUCUCUUUACUUCCGAAGAAUAUGUUCUCUUAUUAAUAUGGACAUUACAACUCUGAAGAUUGGCAUGUUGGUUCAUCACAGCUGAGAAAUUAUGAGAUGAUUUUUGCUGUUAGUACUUCCCCUGUGAGUUAGCCAGAUUUUAAAAAGCAGCUUGUAGUUCCUGUACUGUCAGACCCCUUGUAUCCUGAUAGGGCUUGUUACCCAAAUAGGUUUAGUUUUCCAGAAAAUUCACCUUCAUGAUUUUUUCUUAAAAGAAAUUGGCGUAUAACUACUGAAAAUAUAAAAUCACAAACUACUAACAGAGUCUCUCUUUGUUGACAUCUCUGAAGUUGUGAUUAACUUUGUUCCUCUUAAUUAGACCAACAGCCUAUAAUAAGAGAAAACCAAAUACUUGAAUUUUCAGUACUACUUUCAUUAUGCAACUUAACUAAUUCUGACAUUCAGAGCAGGUCCAAAGUAAUUUUCAAGUAUAGGCGAACAGAAAUUUUGCCCCCCCCCCCCAAAAACCAAUCACUGAAAAAUAAAAGCGCUGGAUAAGCAAAAAUGUUGGAUAAUGAGGGAUUAAGGAAACGCCUAAAUAAAGAACAACACUCGGGAAAUCCAAACCGGAAGCAAUCAGGGACAGCUAACACCUCCCAAAAAAAGAUUUUCCCAGGUAAGAGGAAGCCAAGCCUUGAAGCCACAGGGCCAUUAAAUGCUAAUCAAGAUGAUUAAUUACAACAUCCAUACCUGCCUCCCAACAGAUAAAAGCUCUUUCUCCCACACUGGACAUUAUUCCACAGGCAAAUAAACCCCCCUUGCCUUGCUUCCAACAGACAGCUUCCAGAAGGCCCGCGCGGCCCACCGGAAGGGCCGACGCGGGCUCCGGAGUGCCCAACACGGGCUCCAGAAGGCCCAGCGCAGGCUCCAGAAAGCCUGCCCGGCCCACCAGAAGGGCCAAUGCAGGCUUCCAGAGCCUGCGCUUGGCCUUCCGGAGCCCGCGUCGGCCCUUCUGGAUGGCUGGGUGGCCCGAAGAAGGCCCGCAAGGCCGGAAGAAGGAGGCAGGGGUGGCGCCAUCUUCCCGGGGGCCUCACUGCGCCCCCAGAAUGAUUGCACUACCAGAGGCUGCUUAAAUAGCCUCGCCGGUGGACCGCCUCUGCUGACAGUUUUUAAACAACUUCAUAAUACAGAUUUUAGAAACAGUUCAUAGGCUUCUUCACUGGUAAAAUGCAACCAAAUUCCAAUAAUCUCAUGCCCCCUGCCAUAUUUUUUAAUCUUUAGAUUUUCUUUGUUACAUGAAGAAAAAUUGAAUCGUGAAGCAUUUCUCAUGUUUUUUUUUUACGUUUAAGCUGACAUUAAAAGAAUAAUAGAAAAUGACUGCUUUGUUUACAUUUGUGAAAUAGGAGAACUUUGAACAUUGUCCAAAAAUUUAUUUAUUAAUCACCAUGUUUACUGAAAGUAAGAGUUUAUCACUACUGCUUCAUGUAUGAGCACUCCCCAUCUAAUUAAUUUUUAACUAGUGGGUGGUGGGAAUGUUUUAUUUUUAUAAAGGUAUGGAUAAUAUUAGAAAAAAACAGCCGCCUUUUAACGUGUGGCUUUUAUUUUCUAGUCUUAGAAGCACAUCCUGGCAGCCUAAAUAACAUGUCAAUAGCCACAAUAGCAUGUUGUGUAACAUGCAUGGGAAUUGUAAAAAAAAAAAAAAAGCUAUCCUUUUUGUUGUGAGACUGGCAAGUCCAUACAUUCAUGAACUGCCACAUUGACAAAUCCUUCUGUGUUGUAUGAAAACAAGCCUAUGCUUAUCUUCCAUGAUGAAGAAAACUUAUUUUAAACUGAUGUUUUAAUUUGAGAUGCAGCUGAAAUGGAAUAAAUAUUGCUGUUACAUUUCUGAGUUGAUCAUGUUUCUGUCUAACUUGAAAAGAAAAUUACAGGCAAAUGUGUUUUGAAAGUAGUUGAUAUUUCUGCAUUCAUGGAUAUUUCAGUUCCUCAAUAAAAUCAGCUGUUCUAUCUUGUAA